AUGGUUGCUUUCAAGCGCUUUCAACAUUCCCUGGCCUCUCCUUUAUAUGUCACCCGCUCUCAUCCUUCUUCAGCACGACCAAUCCGUCCGACACAGGCCUCGACUAACACACUACCUUCUCCAGCUGAAUCUAAAUCCAACCUCACAGCCGCGGAAAAGGCCAAGCUCCGCCGCCAGCAGGUCCGUAAGGCGCAGAUACAGCACCGCACGCGCAAGGCCAACUACAUCAAGCAGCUCGAGCUUGACGUCUGCCGCUUCAGAGAUAUGAUCGCCGCGGCCGAGAAGGAGGCCCUCGCCUUCCGCAGGCAGAACGAGGGCAUGCGGGGCGCUCUGAUGGCCAGAGGUCUCAGUGUGCCUGAGGAGUUGAAGGGCCAGGAGGGAGUUGUCCGCGAGACUCGGAUCAUGGAUUCUCAAAAGCCCGUGGAGGCGGUUGCGCCCAGGGAGGUGACGGAGCCGGUGGCGGUACAGCAACAGCAGCAGAAGGGACAUGCUCAAGCUCCGCAACAGAUGCUCGCACAGCCUGUUCCCCAGCAACAGCUCCCGACCGCAUAUUCAGAGGCGUAUCAAUCUGAACUCACAGACGAUAACUACGAGUACGACCCCUACCCGCCCGCCGACCUCUUCGCGGACAUCGACAUGGGCGAGGUUACCGUCACAAUGCGCAAGGACGAGGCCCUUGGCACGCCAUGCGUCCAAAUCGUCUCGUCGUCACCGGCCGUUACUCAUCCGCCGAUGUCUGACCAGCUCACUCCGGAACAAGAGAUAACCGCCAUUAACCUUAUCCUUGCCAUGGAACACAUCUGCUGGAACCACUUCCACCCACGCCAGUUCCCCGCCCAUGCCGACCCCUGCAGCGCCGCUUCGGGCCACACCAUGAUGGCCUCGACCAUGUGCAUGUCCAGUGCCCCCGCUCGCGUGUACCGCACCAUCCGUCGCGGCGAGGCCGAUACCGCGACACACACGUGGCGUGCCGAUACGGGUGCCGGGUCCGCGCUGUCCUUGAAGUCAUUGCUGUCACUCGCCAAAACGCUGAACCCGGGCGACAUCGAGCUGACGCCCGUGCAGGCAUGGUUCGAGCUGGCGGCGCGGUACGGCGCCGCAGCGCUAAUGCGGGAAAACGUGAUUGAGGCGCUCAAGAGGGAGUUUUGCGGUGUUGUAGACUGUAUCCACUUCGGCGCCAUCAUUGAGCGGGAUGCGUUUGAGAGCGUGGUGGCAAGGGUUAUGGAGCAGGUUGGGGUUAGGGAGCUAGAGUGGGAGAUGGAUGUUGAUGAAGAGAGGGUGGAUGUCAGGAUGGCGGCCGGAACGCAAGGGAUUGCUGCUUGA